AUGUCUGGCUCCGGCAACGGUUGGAUUCGAGGCAGUUUUCAGUCUCUCCUCUGGGGGACUUCAAAGUCCAGAGACCUCACACCUCCGCUGGGGCACCUCCGCUGGGGCACCUCCGCUGGGGCACCUCUGCUGGGGCACCUCUGCUGGGGCACCUCCGCUCCGGCUGCAUGUGGCUUCAUGUGGGGGAGUUGGAUCAUCCAUCUGCCACUUCUCUACAACCCGCCCCGGGCCCCACGCCACUCCAGAGCGUAUCCAGUUCCCCUCGCCAUCCCAAACCACACGCUCGAUACGUGCUCCAUGUUGGCUCCAGUGUCAUGUGACCGGCCCCUGACAUCCUGA